CGCGGCUGCGGGGAGGCAUGUUCCUGCCCGUGCCUAUGUCCAUGCCCGGCGGCGGGCGGUGAGCGGCCAUGCCGCGCAGGGCGGAGCGGUACCUGCAGAUCGCCCCGCACUCCCUGGCCAUCGUCCUGGGUGCCGGGGCCGAGGGGCGACCGGGGGGCGGCGGAGGCGGCGGUGCGGGGCCGGUGUCGGAGCUGGGUCGCCACCGCAUCGGCUACGAGAUUUUCGCGGACUUCAAGCGGGAGAACAUGCAGCACUUCUGGGACCGUCGGGCCACGACUGCAGUGGCCGAGACCUUCUUCCUGGGCUGGAUCGACGAGCAGGUGCUGCUGGUGCAGGGCAAGGAGGAACACCUGGAGGUGCUGCGGCAGGGCUGGGCGCGGCGCUCCCUCAAGCCCCCCACCGGCUUCCACAUCAAGUGCCUGGGGCUGGACCACCGUUUCUCAAAGACUCUGCUUCCCUGAUGGCCUGGCCCAGUUCAAGAGGACACCAUGGGCACAGGUGCAUGUACCCCUGUGGUGAGAGGUUAGGCCACCCCCAUCCCACCAGGAAGCAAGCCAGGUCGUCACGGGUACCCUCGUGAGGUGCGAGUUUUUGAAGGUGGUGGUGUGACUGACCAAGCCCUUCUUCGAACCGGGAAGCAGCAGCUCUUUGGGCACAGAGGGGAAAAGAAGGCGUCGCUGAGAUAGGACGCGUCGGUGAACCCUGCGCUCCCCUUUCCUCCGCUGCAUCCGUUCGCCCAGGGGUUGGCCUCGGGCAGCAGCGGUGCGCGAAGGGAUAAGGAGAGAUCGGGCCCCGCGGGCCUUGUCCCCGUAGUCGUCCUACCCUGCUGCCCUUCGUCGCCCUACGGGGCCGUGUGCGCCGCUGCCCCCUCCUCACUGGCUGCCGCGGGCGGCACCUGGAAACUGACGGUGCCGAGUGCUCGACGCUACGGUCAGCGACCCCCUGGUCCGGCCCUGGCGCUCCCCUGCAGGAGUCACGGCCGAGCAGGAAGGAAGGACGGAAUAGAGGCGGAGCGGCAGGGCGCGGGCGGGAAUCCCCCGCGGUACACGGGGCGCUGUAGGCGGGUGCCUGCGAACCGAGCAGAGCCCCGCACAGGGGAGCGCGGAGCCCGGCGAGACGCGCAGGCUGCGCCAGCACUAGCAUGAGCCCGGGCGGCAGCGCGGCGCCUGGCGCUCCGGCAGCAGCUGCCCGAGGCGCGGCGGGGCGGAGGGAGAGCGGCGGGCGGGCCAGGCAGGCGGGCGGCGUGGCCAGCGGUUUCCCCGGUGGCCUCGCCCCCCGCGCCGGCCGCCCCUAGCGCAGAGCCAGCGGUGGUCCAGCCCCAGGGACAGGCGGACGAGGUUCGGGGGUCGGCCAUGGCGAGAUGCGAUGUUGCCGACGAAA